UUAAUCAUUGGGUUUUACAAUGCUCAUUAACUUUGCUGUGGUAACUAUAGUCAUGUUUUAUGUGAGUAUAUGGCCUUAUUAAUUAAUUGACACGAGACAGUGUAAGGAAAUACCCAUGCACUUGUGAAGUACUUUACUAGGAAUUUAAAGUGCAUGAAUAUCUCUUUCAUGUGACGCUUUCAAGUGAAAACUAUGAAUUUCUUUGGUUUUGCCGAGCUAGCUGUUUGUAUAAACGAAUUCAAGGUGCUCUCGGAGACCAAGCUGCAGUAAGAUCGUAUUUAAGAAAGCACACCAGUCGAACAUAUUUUAUCUUCAAGACAAGGUGGUUUAUUAUACUAGUUGUAAUGGCAAAAAAAGAAGCUUCUAGCCAAUUCAUUUGUCUAGCAAAUUUUAUCAACGAAUUGGAUGCCUCUAAAAAACAGCUAGCUCUCUUAUUUAAGAAAGGACCAAAGACAACUUCUAAAGAAGUAGCUUCACGAAAUCUUUGGCCUUAUUUCCAUCAAUUGAUGGAAAAGUGGGAGAUAUUCAUCAAAGAUCUACUGAAAGAAUCUGUAGAAAUUGUGUUUAAUGAGCUUCUGGCUUCAUCAACAUCCAAACAAACUAACAAACUAACUCCCCAUCUUCAAGAAGUUGUGGCACACUCUCUACUACACCAUUCCUCCAAAGAUGAUAAAAAGGCAGCCUUUGAAAUGAGCUCUUACCUCCUACCUGACCCAGACCUUUGGAGAGACAGUUUCGAUAGCUACAAGCGAUAUCUCUUGGCCAAAUGUGAUGAGAUUGUCCCCGUUUUUGAUGGAGCCAAUGGCAUUGAUGAGACGUUCAAGGAAAUCUUUGAAUCUACUGGUACUGCAUUCAGCCUUUCUAGUUCUAUGAUUCCAAUCAAAGCAUCGUAUUUGUAUUCAAAAGACCAACAUCCAAAAGGGACUGAUCUCACUCUUUCCUCAGUUGAAGGUCUAUCAACUAUUUUGCAUCUGUAUUAUGGAAUUCACUGUGUUGUAACAAAGAAAAGCUCAGACUACUUUUCGAAGAUCGAUUGCAAUCUAUUUCAAAAUCCGCAAAAAUGUUAUUUCCAAGAAUUGUUCGGAGAAAACCCCGGCGAUUUUCUUGAGUAUUUUUACAGAUGUGUGGUAAAUCACCCAGACGAUCCCUAUCUCUAUAUGAAACAGUGUGAAAGUCUGAAACACUUUUUGUGGACCUUAACACAUUCUUUAUGUGAUGCAGUCUCAUCAUUUAUGAUGAACCAUUUUUAUAUUACUUAGAUUGUGUUUAUUUUCAGUUUUCAGUACAUGAAAAUUCACCCCAUAAUUACAUUUGUCAAAUUAGUUCCAAUAAUUA